AUGAGUAGGAAGACGCGGCGCUGGAUCUUCCACUUUUUCCUGUGCCUUGGAGUGUUGUAUCUGAAAAUCGGGGGUCUGUCCUCGGUGGUCGCACUGGGAGCGAGCAUCAUUUGUAAUAAAAUCCCCGGCUUGGCCCCCCGUCAGAGGACGAUCUGUCAGAGCCGACCCGACGCCAUCAUAGUGAUCGGAGAGGGGGUCCAGAUGGGGAUCAACGAGUGCCAGUUCCAGUUCAGACACGGGCGCUGGAACUGCUCAGCCCUGGCAGAGAGGACCGUGUUCGGGAAAGAGCUCAAAGUGGGCAGCAAGGAGGCCGCGUUCACCUAUGCUAUCAUCGCGGCCGGGGUCGCCCACUCAGUCACCGCGGCCUGCACCCAGGGGAGCCUGAGCGGCUGCGGCUGCGACAAGGAGAAGCAGGGCUUCUACAACCAGGAGGAGGGCUGGAAGUGGGGCGGCUGCUCCGCGGACGUCCACUACGGCCUGGGAUUCUCCAAGGUGUUCGUGGACGCGCGGGAGAUCAAGCAGAACGCCAGGACUCUCAUGAACUUACACAACAACGAAGUGGGACGCAAGGUGCUGGAGAAGGGCAUGCGUCUGGAGUGCAAGUGCCACGGCGUGUCGGGAUCCUGCACCACCAAGACCUGCUGGACGACGCUCCCCAAGUUCCGCCAGCUGGGAUACGUCCUCAAGGACAGGUACAACCAGGCCGUGCAUGUGGAGCCAGUGCGGGCCAGCCGCAACAAGCGCCCCGCCUUCCUGAAGAUCAAGAAACCCCACUCCUACCGGAAGCCAACGGACACGGAGCUGGUCUACAUCGAGAGGUCGCCCAACUACUGCGAGGCCGACCCGCUGACGGGCAGCAUGGGGACGCAAGGUCGCCUCUGCAACAAGACAGCUCUGCAGCCCAACAGCUGCGACCUGAUGUGCUGCGGCCGAGGAUACGACACGCACCAGUACUCGCGUGUUUGGCAGUGCAACUGCAAGUUCCUGUGGUGCUGCUACGUGAAAUGCAACACGUGCAGCGAGAGGACAGAGGUGUACACCUGUAAAUAG